GCCUGCUCUGACGAUGACAGUCCAACGCGAUUGGAUAAGGGGCUGCAACAUGAAGACAUCAAACAUUAUCUCCUACAGCGCAAGGCCACGCUCAAGUUGAGGGUGCAACCAAAGCGGGAUGUUGACAGGAAAAAGCGGAUUGACGGCGGUAGUUGCUCUCGCGACAAGGCGAGCCUGGGCCUGGAGAUUUUGCCUUCAUGCUUCGAACGCUGAAAGAGUGGAUGAUUUAGUGCGCUCUACGAUUCGACUCUGGAGUUCUACAGGCAGGAAUAGUCAUCGGACCUGCAUUGAGCGGUCUUCUUUGCGGUCGGCAGCGCUCAUGCCCGUGUCCGCGGGAGGUGGAGAUGAACGGCUUGUGAGCGUUGAUCCUUACUACUCAGGCGGUGCUGCUCCGCCCGAGCUGCAGGGGUAGGGGUCAAGAGGCGUGAGUGAAAGUGCAUUAAGGGUGGUUAAUGAAGUAAGACUGGAUGCAGUGACAGCGCACUAUAGCUGUGGCCGGGGUGCGUGCAAUCCACUCCAUAUGCCCCUCGCAGACUCGGUCAU